UUCCUAUGGUUUAUUAAAGCUUCAAGCACAUGUGCUUCAGAGAUAUUUUAUUGUCAAGGGUUAAUCUGCUCUUGCCUUGUUCUAUUCAAGGCCUAGCAUGGGCUAAUGCAAGAGCCCAGGUCUACCUUGGCCACUCCCUUUUAUAGUCUGCGCUUCAUAGAGCUGGAAGAUCUUUUGUUGGAGGAACUGCAAGGCUAGUGGGGUCAGCUCUGCACUGAGAAAUUCACUGGCAGAAGAGGUGGGGUGAAUUCUGCUUUGGUCUUUGUCCCUUUUAGUGCCCUGCUUGUAAUAAGGGUUUGAUGCACAAAAUUGCUGGCAAGGAACUGAAAUUGGAUGAUGAUCCCAAGAGGUCAUGACUCCAGUGGCUACUGCUCUACAGCCUGCCCGGGACAAGUUCUGGGGGUCAGCUGCUUCUGACAGAGCCUCUUCUCUCCAACUACCUGCCCCAGCUGCUCGCUACAGAGGGGAUAACAGAAGUAUCACAAAUCAGCCUAUAAUGGAGGCAACCAGACAAACGAGAAUUUCUCGGCCGCACAAGAUAAGCGAAUCCUCCAAGGUGUACAGAUGGGCUGACCACUCUAGUCUAGUCCUUCAGAGUCUGAAUGAGCAGAGACACCAAGGACUUUUCUGUGAUAUUAUUCUGGUGGUGGAUGAACAAAGAGUCCCUGCCCACCGGAAUCUUCUGGCUGUUUGCAGUGACUACUUCAAUUCCAUGUUCACCAUUGGCAUGCGAGAGGCCUAUCAAAAAGAGGUUGAACUAUUUGGAGCCUCUUACAUUGGUCUCAAAGCUGUGGUGGAUUUCCUAUAUGGCAGUGAGCUGUCCUUAGAUGGUGGCAACAUUGAUUAUGUGCUGGAAACAGCUCACCUGCUGCAGAUCUGGAAGGUGGUUGACUUCUGUUGUGAGUAUCUCGAAAAUGAGGUCAGCGAGGAGAACUACCUGUACCUUCAAGAGCUGGCCUCUAUUUACAACCUGAAACGCCUGGACUCCUACAUCGACUCUUUUAUCCUGCAGAACUUUGGCACGCUCUCUUUCACGCCUAACUUCCUGCAGAACAUUUCCAUUCAAAAACUCUGCCAGUAUCUGGGGAGCAGCAACGUGCAGCAGGAAUGUGAGCAUGACUUGCUCCAGGCUGCCUUGCAGUGGCUGACACAAUACCCGGAAAGAGAAAACGAGGCUUACCAGGUACUGGACAACAUUCAUUUUCCCUUGAUACCGAAGAGUGACCUCCUCCAUCGAGUCAAGCCUGCUGUCUGCUCUCUUCUCCCAAAGGAAGCAAACUGUGAGGGGUUUAUAGAAGAAGCGGUGAACUAUCAUAACAACGUCACAGCCCAGCCAGUGCUCCAGAACAAGCGGACGGCUUUGCGUACAAACGAAGAGAGGCUCCUCUUUGUGGGUGGGGAGGUUUCGGAACGGUGCCUGGAGUUAAGCGAUGAUACCUGCUUCCUGGACACCAAAAAGGGGCAAUGGAUAACAGAAACGCCACUCCCAGCCAGGCGAAGUCACCACUGUGUUGCAGUGCUGGGAGGUUUCAUCUUCAUAGCUGGAGGCAGCUUUUCAAGAGACAAUGGAGGGGAUGCAGCUUCAAAUCUUCUAUAUAGGUAUGAUCCCCGCUGUAACCAGUGGAUAAAGGUUGCCUCCAUGAGACAACGACGAGUAGAUUUCUACCUUGCAGCCAUUGCAGAUAUGCUGGUAGCUGUUGGUGGGAGGAAUGAAAAUGGGGCUCUUUCUUCAGCUGAGACCUAUAGCCCUCAAAAAGACACCUGGUCUUAUAUAGCAGGUUUGCCAAGGUUUACCUAUGGGCACGCUGGCACUGUCUACAAGGAAUUUGUUUAUAUCUCAGGGGGCCAUGAUUACCAAAUCGGUCCCUAUAGAAAAAAUCUCCUUUGUUAUGAUUACCGCACAGAUGUCUGGGAGGAAAAGCGGCCAAUGAUCACUGCUCGAGGGUGGCACAGCAUGUGCACCUUGGAGGACAAUAUCUAUUCCAUUGGUGGCAGUGAUGACAACAUAGAAACCAUGGCACGCUUUGACAUUCUGAGCGUGGAGUCUUACAGCCCUCAGUGUAACCAGUGGACGAGAGUCUCUCCCUUGUUUCAAGCAAACAGUGAAUCUGGAGUGGCAGUCUGGGAAGGCAAGAUUUAUAUUCUUGGAGGUUAUAGCUGGGAAGACACUGUCUUCUCCAAAACCGUCCAGGUAUAUGACAAGGAGAAAAACAAGUGGUACAGAGGAACUGACCUUCCCAAAGCUAUUGCUGGUGUGUCUGCAUGCGUCUGUGCAUUGAAACCCAGAAAGGAGGACAAAAAGAAAAAGACAAAAACGAAGAAGCAUCAGGAUCGAGGAAGAUGACGCAGCUUGGGAACCUUGUAACUAAUCAUCUCUUUCUAAUCUUCAUUUUUUUAAAAAAAGGAAAAAAGAAAACCGUUUCUGAAACCUUAGAGAACAUGUGGUCGAACAUCUUUGGGUGAGGGUCACGUGAAGGUAACUACUACUACUAAAUGGUGGUGAGGUUGCAAAGGGUGCUAUGCUACCCGUCCCAUACAUUUAGGUGUAGUCUGUUACUUCUGUGGUUCUUCGCUUUUACACACUAAUAGUAAUAAAGGUAAAAACUUUAAAAAAUUGAAAACUUCUUUUGGCUUAGAAAAUUAAAUGAUGGGGAGGGAAAAGAGGACCAAACAUCGGUUUGAAGUUACAAAGAGAAGUCUAGAAGCAGUUGCUAUUGAAAACGGAUAUGGAUCUUGUUGUAAAUCCUGAUUUUUUUUUCAUUAAAUUUUAAUUUACAAUACGUUCUAGAGUUGUGAGUAUCAGAUUUCUGGUAUGCAUGAGUAACCAUUCAAAGUAUACAUAUACCAAGGUAUCUUGGUAAGCAAAUGACACUUCUGUACUCUUAAGUUUCAGAGGAUAUUAUUAAGUGACCAAAGUGUGAGUGCUCUGGUCCAGACAUGGCCAUGUAACUGAUCUGUGCUCAGUUUGUGAGCCCCACCAGUCUUUCCAGUGGUGCAAUGGUCUACAAGAUGCAGGGGAGGUGACAUAACGUUUACGUCACUUGUUAAUGACUAGAACUGUGCAAAACUUUCAUGACAAAACCCAAUACCAAGUUUGGUUUUGUUGAUUUCUCCUAGUUCAGGACCAGGCUUUUUAAACCUUUCAGAGAAUCUGAAUGGAUUUUAGGCAGAAGUUACAUAGAACUUGGUCCUUACUUUAAACCAGGUGAGACAAGUAGACUUCACUAUGAGUUAUUGGGGAUGGGGAAGGGAAAGUGUUGAAAUCAAAAGCUCAAAAUGAACUUGAGAUAAACAGCAAACCCAUCCUACAAAGGGCAAUGGGAUGGGGAAAAAAAAGUUUGCAGGAGCUGGGAACUGCUGAAUUUAGCAUAGGUCUAGCAGUGAUGACCUUUACUAGUCAGCACAAGGGGCCAUUAACAGACUCUGGAUGAGAAUCUAACCCCGCAGUCCUUGGUCAGGUGGCUGCAACACUGUUCCUCUUGGAAGAAUGGGCUUAACAUGGGGAAAAGUUGUGUUGGAUUCUUGGGAUGCCAUUUGGGGCACAGAUGACUGAACUGGUGGGAGAAUCAUAUAUUGGAGUAAUAUCAAGGGAAUCUGACUUAUGCCCAUCACACUAAAGAAAUUUUGAUUGUAGACCCUGCCAGUGCACUUUCACACAAGACUGUUUAAAACGGCACUGGGUUAAAGUUCACCAGCAGGAUUAACACAGACUAAUUAAUGCACAACAUGUUUGUGCGGUUUAGAAAUCACAUCCCUGUAGAAAGAAAAAGAGUACUUGUGGCACCUUAGUCUCUAAGGUGCCACAAGUCCUCCUUUUCUUUUUGCGAAUACAGACUAACACGGCUGCUACUCUGAUCCCUGUAGAGUGCAUUACCCACCGUGUACAAUCCUUCUGUCAUUCCUUCUCCCACUGGCAGGGUUGUGUCUACCGCAAAUAUUUUAAAUUUGCCAACUGUCUGGCCACCCUUCAAGCAUUCACCCCAGAACAGUUUACAAAUGGGCCUUUUGUUUGAUUUGCAAGAAGUUAAGAACCAGCCAUCUCAUACAGUCUCUGUAAUUUUUAUAACAAUAAUUAAUAAUAAUUCCAGGCCACAGAUUACUAUUUCUCAUCCCAACACAAAGCAAUUUUUUAGAAAUUUUUGAAACUUUUGUACUUUUAUAACACAUUUUGCUAAUACCUAGUCUCUAGUUUGCCAUAUUGUGUUGUUUACUAUUGAAGUUCCUGCCCUAUAAUUGUGGUCCUAUUGUUAUAGUCAGGAACUCAUAAUUUGUUGGCUCUUUCAGGCUUUGUGUAUAGUCAGUUGUGAUGCAAUGCAGCUGUUAAAGCAGCAUUUACAUUCUCAGCAUUGUCAGGUCUAUAAUUGUGACUAUUGUAAGGCUUUGACUGGCAGUUCAGAUAGUCAGACAUGCUGAUAAACGCUCUUUUAUUGUCAUUCGGUGAUCCACUGAGUGGAUUUCAAGAGCCUCGAUUUAAAGUUCUGCUUUGGUGCUAUUGAUCCAUUUUCUCUAAAUUCCUUCCAAGUCCCCCUCCAUCCACAUCUCCAUCAGUGUGCAACAUAACCGUGUACUUCAGAUCUGCCUUUUUCCUUUUAUCCCAUGUAUAAGGGAUGUCCUGCCUACUCUUUGCUACUGGGGUGUAUUUGCCUCAUUAAUGUGAAAAUUCUUCUCAGAAAGUGUUGUUUGCACUAUAAAAGAAAAAUCAUUUUCAACAUCAUUUGGAGUCUGGGGAAUUUUGGGUCCUCUUUAUCCGUCGAUAGGAAUCCAAUUUAAUUUUUUUUUUUUUUGUAUUGAAAGUGGCACCUUGUGAAUAGCUGGAGUGAAAGAAAGGAAACAAAUGAUGCCUUGUGACACAAAAAGAUUGAAGAAAACUGGCUUGAGGUAUAUAAGGUGUAAAAACCCUCUGGAUAUCUUUGGGUGUUUUUCUUAAACAAUAGAAACUAUUACAUUUAACAAGUUACAAAAAGUCCUCUAUGUGCAGUAAUGAUACCUUUUACUUUGCAUGAGGAAAUAGUUAUUUUUAAUUGUUCCUAAAAAGAGAUAAGGGAACGUUUUAGUUAGAACAAACCGAAUAGCUGAUUUAGGUAUCUGCAAACUUGUUUGUUGACUGGCAACUCCUACUUCAUCUUUGUACAACCCUUUUCAUGUGUAAAUACACAACAAAAAUGCCCCAAGACGCUUCUUUGUUUCUAAUAAUUGGCUGCUUUUAAUAUUUUUUGGUUUUUGUUUUAAUUAUAUAUGCUUGUGUGUUACAUUCUUGAUGUGUUUACAGGUUGAAAAAUAAAACAUGUUAAGAAUUUCAGACUUUA